GAGAGAUGAUGUUUCUCCGGAGUAUCUUGCUUCUCUUUACUUCUCCACUCUUUUAUGUUUCAGGAGUUUACGUGGAGCAGAGACCAGCGAACCUGACUGUCACUGAAGGGGACGCAGUUAACAUCACCUGUUGUUUUAAUACAGCUAGGACUGAAGCAGUGCAAUGGAUCAAGAACACAGAGCAAAUACACACUGAUCAAAAUAUCAUAGUUCAACAAAUUUGGAAGAAUUGUGAGAGUUUGAGCUUCAAGAGCAUCAAACAUGAGGAUGCAGGAAUGUACGUCUGCAGGGUGACAUCAGAGAUCCCCACAAUCGCAAUAGUAAACGGACCUGGAACGUACAUCACCGUGAAGGACAGAGGUGUCCGUCAACCAUCGACAGAAUCCCCACAACAGGAACACACGUCUCCUUCAACAGCUCCAAUCGCAGCCACACUGUCUCUGUUGGGAGGCCUGAUCCUGCUCACCGUCCUCUGCUGCUGUUAUGGCAAAAGAAAAAGAGCCCUGGCUUCCAAGGUGAUCCAUGAAGUCCCUCAAACUGACUCUGAGCUGGCAGAGAUGGACAAGCACAGCACCAGUUCCUCCAACAGAUCCACGCAGUGGUAUCAGGUGGUGGUCUACGAAGCCGUGGAAUUCUUGGAGAGCGUCCCCAAGACCAAGACUGCCUGACAGACGAGGAACGUGUUAAACUGUGCCUUUUUUGUUUUCCUGUAGACCAUGUUUCUGAUAAACUUAAGCAACAACAUCUGGGUUCCUCGAUUAACUGUUCCAAGAGCAGGCAAUUUCCUUGGGGGCCACAUUCUAUACCAGGACUGUUGUGAGAGGCAGCCAAACUGCAGAACAGAAGCAAUUGAUAAGAACUGUAAUAUAAGAAAAGUAAGAAGUAACAUGAUACAGAAGAAGAUCCAAUGUGGUAAAUACAGAUUUCCAAAAUUGUAAUUCCACAUUGAUUUAUAAACAUAUUAAAAUGUUAAUAAAUUCAGAUGUAUUUAUUAUUAUAAUUAUUGCAAAUUUCAUUUUCACAAAAAAAAGGGAAUUGAGUAGUCACUUGUUCAGGUUUUAUAAUAUUAUCCACACAUUCAAUGGUAAAGAAAAUAAGAAAGGAACAGGGAAGAAAAGUUGCAAGUAAUAGAGAUGGAAUAGUCCAAAAAAAAAAGUGUCAUGAUGAACUGCAGGGCUUCCAGUUGUCUGCUAGAAACCAGGCACUUUUUUUAGCCUGUUGGUGUACGCUGUGGUUAGAUUAGAUUAGAUAGCCUCUAUUCUUCCGUCAAUGGGGAAAUUCGACUCUUAUCUUUGUACAAGCGUCGAGAUUCAGAUGGUGAAUUGUGAGGCCGCCAAAAAGGUCAGCGACAGGAAGUGGAAACUGCUGCUGAGCGUUGUGCUGGUGUGUGUCGACCAAGGACAGGUCAACAUGGCCUGCACUCAUGUGCCCGUUGAAAUGAUCAUGGAGUUGUUGAGCUACUCUUCUUCAGCAUUAAAGGGUUGGAGAAGAAUGAAUGAAGGACACAGACAAGGUUGGAGACGAGUGCUCAGUCAGCAACUGAUGUAGUCACAUUGCCGCUCACACGAUCACGGAGCCAGAGCAAAGUACAAGUCUAUUCACGUCAGCACCCAAGGGCAACAGUCUAUUUAAAGUCUUAAAUAGAGCGGUUUCUGUGGCCUAACUCCAUUUUUUGGUCAUUUAGAUAAUAUGGGUCAUUGGCCAAAAACAUUCUGCUGCCUUAAACAUAUUAAAUCCAGCUACGUUUGCUCCUCAUUUGUUUGCACUUGUAACAGCAAUGUAUAGCUGUAUUGCUAGGCAGGUUCAGCACUUCACAAACUUAGACCCAGUUGCACUUCAAAACCUGUUAGUGAAGAUGGUGCUGGCACCCUGUGGAGGAAUAAGGACGAGGUUAUUGUUCUACUCAUUGGCUUUAUGUAUGUUAUUUGAGAACCACUGGGGUUUUCUUCAUGUCACGUUAGUUACAGUAGAACAACGCUGCAUGUCUUUGGUUUCUGGGCCAGUGAAGCCUGCAUUAGCUCCCUCACCAUCCUCUUGUGCUGUCGCUGUUGCUGUGCACCACGUCCACAGGCGCGGCUUCCCCUGCCUGCUGAGUCGCAGCACAUGGCGCAUCUGCUGGCUGCGUGAAGAGAAAUAUCUGAACACUGCCUCUGAUGCCUGACUGAGCGCCUUAUCUCACGACUAUAAAACAAGCCAUUCCCUAACCUGAUGAACACAAUAAAACACCAACAAACUUUGUCCAAACAAACCUGAUAGUGACGAGACAGAGGUAUUAAGAGGAAUAAAUUAAAUUAAAAAAAAUAAAAUAAAAUAAGCAAAAUGCAAUAUGUGCCACAUUGUGAGACAGGAAUGGACAUGGAUGUGAUUCUAAAAACACCACACAGGUGAAAACAACUUGUAAUUAAUUAUUCUGUCAAAUAAUUUUUUUUUUUUUAAAUGCCAUAUUUAAUUCCGACACCUGUUACCAUAACAUAUGGAUUAUAGGAAGCUUACAGUAUGAGCACAAUAUCUGCGUUGAAUGGCUAUAUGUGUGCCUCACUUUUUUUUUUUUUUAUUCAUCUUUCAGUCAGUCAUUUAAUACAAGUUGUAGUGUUUCCUGAUGUGUUUAUUUUCAAGAGUGUAUUGUUCGUCCUCAAUGGCUCAACUUUUCAAUUCUGUCAAGCCAUCUGUGUCUUCUGUCACCUUUGUAAUGCUUUCGCCACUUCACUGUUCAUUUUGGUUUCAAUUUCUGUUUUACUAACUGGAGCUUGUAGCAGUGUGAAUCUUUCUUGUUGCUUCUUUUUCACACAUGCCAGUGUUUUCAUCAAAUCAGAAUUCGGAAUAAUGGUGUAUGCCAGCGGUGUAAAAAAAAAAGUGAGUAAACUUGUUUAAAAUGAGCUUAGUUUGGAAUAUUGUUUGUUAAAUCGCCAACAAAACGGAUUUCAACUGUCUGCAUGCACAGCGGUGACACACUCACACACAGUUGCACAAUAAACCAAACUGCUAUUACUAAAACAUAAUAUGAUAAUAUUGAUAAACCCUCUGAAAUAAAUGUAAAUGAAAAAUGACAGAAGACCACCAUAUUUCUGGGCGAGACCAGUGAAGAACUAGAUGACAGUAACCACUAUUUUCAGGUGAGAAUACUCCAGUUGGCCAGACUGGUUAAAUGAGAGGUCCUCUCUUCCCUCCAGCAGCCAUUUAUUCAUACAAAGACUGUUUCUCCUUUACCUCGGCUGUGGCAAUGAACAGAAUAGUACGUUCACACUUAUGUAGCCGUCUUUUUCACUUGAGUCAGCAACAUGCAGCAACUUGCUAAAGGCCUGAAAAGGGUGGACAUGAAAACAUCUCGAGACAGUGCAGUGUUUGCACCAAUCAACAGGAAGGGGAGACAGAUGACAGUUCUCUCAUGUGGUGAAGCAGCUUCACCUCUUUGUGCAGACUGCAUCUGUCAGAGAGGAACAAUGGUGUGUCGGCUCAGCAGCCUGCUACUUUCUGCUCUGCUCUCUCGUAAGUAGGAUAAAAAUGUGUUACUGUGAAUUGUUAUGUUGUGCAGGUGUUUGAAUCUAAGCGUUUUGAAGUAAGUAUGAAAACUGAAUACACACCUUCCAAAGAAGAAGUUUUGGAAUGACGAUAAUAGAGUAUUUCUACUUUCAUUUAGUAGAAAAGGUACACUGUUUUUGAUAACUAGGACUUGAAUGUUCAAUUGUGGAACAUGAACACAACCGCAGGUAGAAGUACACAGAUGCAGGGUCAGCGAAAAUUAAAUUGAUGUGCAAAAAUAUCAUGGGUUAAUGAUGAUCUUCAAAAUUAAAAAACAGAAUCACAACAAAUCAAUGAAGAUCAUGAGCAUAAUACUUAGCAUCUGUUUGCUUUUUCAAUGUUACCAUGGUUAAAAACAAUGUGGAUAAAAGUGUUCAAAUGUUUCUCAUAUCCACCAGUGCAGGUGAAACCAUGUAAAAUACUUAAAACGUUGGACUUGACAAACUUGU